UAGAGAUAAAAGCAAAACCCUAGAAGGAGGAAGGGAAGCCGCUAGGUACUAGUUGAAGCAGCGGGGAGAAACAAGCUCCUUUAAAACCUCAUUGUUCCAGAUCGAGAUGAGACCUCUGGACGAGAAGGAGACGACCUCGGUCUUCGAGAAGCUCUUCAAGUUUACCGGCAACAACCUCAAGAGCAUCGUCGAGAACCCCUCUCACGAGGGCCCCGAAUCCAAUCCCGGCCGCUACUGCUUCCGCCUCCACAAGAACAAGGUCUACUAUGUCAGCGACUCCCUCGUCAAGCGCGCCACUAACGUCGCUCGCACUCAACUCGUUUCCCUCGGCACUUGCAUCGGCAAAUUCACCCACGGCGGCAGCUUCCACCUCACCGUUCAGUCUUUGAGUAUCCUUGCUCCAAAUGCCAAGCACAAAGUCUGGCUCAAACCCACCUCCGAGAUGUCGUUCCUGUACGGGAACCACGUUUUGAAAGGUGGGUUAGGGAGGAUUACCGAGAAUAUUGCGACCGGUGACGGCGUCGUGGUGUUCUCCAUGUCGGAUGUGCCUCUGGGUUUUGGGAUUGCCGCCAAGAGUACCCAAGAUUGUAGAAAGCUGGACCCAAAUGGGAUUGUGGUGCUGCACCAGGCGGAUAUUGGGGAGUAUUUGAGGAUGGAGGAUGAGCUUUGAGUUUUUGGGGGAGGACUUGCAGCUGAUUUGGGGUUUUUGGGAGGUUUUGGCGAAUGGAUCGGUGGUAUGUUGUGAUAUCUAAGGGUUCAUGUAAGUGGAUCUUAACUGAUUUUGGUUAAUACGAGGUCGAGUUAUGUGGAGUUUUGAUUAUCAUGUUGGAUGCCCUGGCGUAUGGUGUGUUGCUUGCGUUAUAAAUGUGGCUGAAUCACACUUGUGGCAGGUUUUGAUCGAGACUAACUUUUUUUUAUAAGUCGAUCAAAACUAACUUAAAAGUUCGCUUAGGCUUUUGAAUAUGCUAGUAGUUUAUAGUUGAUUUCGGGAGGCUGAAUGUCUCUGUUUGUGCUUCUUAAUGGUGUAAAUGUGACGAAAUUUCAACUUAUAUAUGCAUCUUCUUUUCUUUA